AAAACAACACUACCACUGAAUUUGCAGCUACUAACAAGGGUCAGGGUACCCAAAUUAGAGCCACACCAACCACUGGAUGACCAGGCAAUGCCUCACCAUUGGGGAUGGAUCGGGCCAUGGCCUCAUCCGCCAUGAUGCCAUGAGCAAUAUCAAUGUUUCCUAUGUCAAGGCCAACAACGAUCCCGCGUGUGAUGUUCCUAAUGAACAUGUUGUAGACCCGACAAAUGCGUGGUGGACUGGGAAUGUAGUGGCAAUGAAUGAGAUGGGGGUGGGUGGAGGAGGGGAUCCAGAACUGCAUCUCAUGAGGAACAGUGGCGAGGAAGAAGAUGAAGAAGAGAAGAGAAGGGAGCAAGAUUUCAUGGCGGACACCAGCAGUGAUGGGAAUAACCAUGAAUUGAACCCUACUGUGGGGCAGGGGGCACUUGUCAUCUCUGAACCGGGCAGCUCCGGCCGCCGCCCCCGGGGCCGGCCUCCCGGAUCUAAGAACAAACCCAAACCCCCAAUUGUGAUCACCAAGGAAAGCCCCAAUUCCCUCCACAGCCAUGUCCUGGAGAUCAGCAGUGGGAGUGACAUAGUGGACUGCAUCUCCACCUUCGCCCAGCGCUGCCACCGCGGCGUGUCGGUGCUGAGCGGCACCGGGGUGGUGGCUGACGUCACUCUCCGGCAGCUCAAUGCCCCGGAGGGCGUGGUGACGCUGCACGGGAAGUUUGAGAUACUGUCCUUGUCGGGGGCGUUUUUGCCGUCCCCGUCGCCCCUCAGGACCACGGGGCUGACCGUUUACUUGGCGGGCGGGCAGGGGCAGGUGCUGGGAGGGAAUGUGAUGGGGGCGCUGGUGGCUUCCGGUCCGGUGGUGGUGAUUGCCGCCACGUACAUGAACGCGGCCUACCAAAGGCUGCCACUGGAGGUGGAGGAGGAGGAGGCGGUGCCGCCGCAUCAUCCGGCGGACGAAGGCCGGAUGGGAGGAGGAGGGGCGGUGGAGAUUGCCCCGUCGGCCCCACAUUCUCAUCCUUUGGUUGAUUCGUUGUACAACUUGCCACCCAACUUGUUGCACAAUGCCCAAAUUGCCCAUGAAGCGGCGGCCCAUUGGCGCCCUCCUCCGCCGCCGUAUUAAUCUAACAGGGGCGAGGGAGAUUCGCUCAUCUUCUCCCCCCCU